GAACCUGAAUUGUAACGUUGGUGACGGCACUAACAGCCGUCGGUAGAGAGAAAGCUGAUGCAUAUUUUAAUUUUGGGGCACCAGAUAUAUUGCCAUAUUUGUGACAGAUUGUUUGAGAAAUGCCAACAAUUAAAAUUGCGGUUCUCGGGCUAAUAAGACUAUUAGUUUCUGAGCUGACACAGGGGAAUUAUCUUGUCGCUGCUCGCCAAACUUUUUAACGACUCGGAAUGGAAAAUUGUCAGUAACAAGUUCUUUGAUAAGACGCAAGGCAUUGAAAUAUAUAUCUGCUUUCAAUAUGUUAUUAAUAAACGACAGAAAAUCUCCUCUUUCGCAACAAGUUAUUAGAAUUAUAUGUUGCUAAAGACUUACCGGUAUUCAAAAUCAGCGACAUUUUCUUGUUAUUAAAUUUGUAAUGAUUAUUCAAUGCAAUAUCCUAGUGUCACGUUUUAUUAUCUCUGUCCCAUCAACAAUUGAUAACAGCACUAUCUCCAGAGAAGAAUAGGAGGAAGUUGUAUUUAUAAUAUAGAUCCCUACAAGAUAUAGAGAUUUUGACAACAUUCAAAUGACAUCCCACCACGUCAAAAACCUGAUGUUCUCUUUCAAACAUCGAGUGAAAAGCAUUGCAUUUCUUCGAGGUGCACAUUCAGAUGCAGCUGCAGCUCUUAAGAGCAUUUUGUGUGAGGAGCUUAAAAACAUAAAGGAUGCAGAUGCAUGGAAACAGGAACACGUCCUUACCUCAAGUCAGAAAGUUCCAAUUACUAUCGAGGGCCAAAAAUCAAAGAUACUGAAUUUCUGUUCCCAUAAUUAUCUUGGCUUAGCUACUCAUCCUGAUGUUAUAUGUGCAGCUAAAGCUGCUCUUGAUGAAUUUGGUGCUGGACUUGCUUCAGUUCGUUUUAUAUCUGGAACUCAUUGUUUACACAAGGAACUUGAAGCAAAACUUGCAAAGUUUCAUUGUAGGGAAUCUGCUUUGCUCUACAUAAAUUGUUUCAGUGCAAAUGCUGGAUUUUUUGAAGCCCUUCUUAAGGAUAAAGAUGCUGUUUUUUAUGAUGAGUUAAGUCAUCCUUCUACUCUUCAAGGAAUACGCCUUUGCUGUGCUCAGAAGUGUGCUUUUAAACAUAAUGAUAUGGCAGAUCUUGAGCAGAAUUUGCAGCAGUUGAAGUGUGCAAGACUGAAGGUGAUUGCUACAUGUGGAGUAUUUCCAAUGGAUGCAGACGUCGCUCCCUUAACAGAUAUAUAUAAGCUGGCACAGAAAUAUGGUGCUCUGAUGUACUUAGAUGAUUCCAAUGCAACGGGCUUCAUAGGAAAAACAGGAAGGGGAACUGAGGAAUUGUGUGGCAUGAUGGGUGUAGCAGAUGUUAUUACUUCUACACUUGGAAAGGCAUUAGGUGGUGGAACUGGAGGAUAUACAGCAGGUUCAAAGGAACUGAUUUGUUUCUUGAGACAAUGUAGUCGAACAUAUCUCUUCACCAAUGCAAUACCACCUUCAUCUGCUGCAGCUGGAAUAAAGGCACUUGAUCUGGUUAUUAACGAUGGAUGUUUUAUAUCACGUGUACUCAAAAACACAGAAAGAUUCCGAUGUGCUAUGGUUAAAGCGGGAUUCAGAAUUGCUGGAGAAAAUCAUCCCAUCUGCCCAGUAAUGUUAUGUGAUGCAAAACUUGCACACAAAAUGGCUGCAGAGUUGCUGUGUAAAGGAAUUUUGGUGCCAGCUUUUACCCAUCCUUUAGUACCAAAAGAUAAGCCAAGAAUUCGUGUGCAGAUAAGUGCAGAACACUGCGAUGAAGACAUUGACAAAGCUGUUUGUGCAUUUACUGAAGUUGGCAAGAGUCUGAAUAUAAUAAAGUAAUUAGUUUGAAGUAAAUGGAUAAAAUUUAAUUUUGGUCAUCAUUAGAAAAGUUUCAACCUUUUAUUAAUGUCUCUGUCAGCUGUGAAAAUGUGCAGUAAAUAGUGGUGUGAAAUUUGAAAUGAAAGAUAUAGUUAUUAUGUUAUUCCAAGUUCUUAAAAAUAGCCAUAUCUAUUGACUACAAUUGGAGUGCUUAAAACAGAAUAUUUCUUAUGUUGAUUAUUAAGCUUUGUGAAGGAACAUCCCUUCAUAGGAAGUACAAACAUUUGGUAAGUUUUCUAAACUGAAAGUUAAAACUACAACAGAUUUUUUAAAAAUUUAAGUAUUGUUGAUUCUCCCAGCAAAUAAACAGACAGAACAAUGAGUCUGUCAAAUUUAUUAUGAAA